ACUAGUCAACACUCAACACCACCUGUUGUCAUUUUCUCUUCGGAGCACGCAAUUCACAAACUCUCGAACCAACACACAUCGUCUGGACUCAAAAAGUUCACAUAAUACAUACCUUACUCCGGCUCCCAUGGCUCCCUUCGGCAGGAUCUAUACCUACCCUAACAACUACCGCGUCCAGCGGGUUCAGGCCAUCGCGGCCCUGAACGGUCUCGAGGUCGAGGUCGUUCCCGACUUCCAGAUGGGCGUGACCAACAAGACGCCCGAGUUCCUCGCCAAGUUCCCGCUGGGCAAGGUGCCGGCGUUUGAGACGGCGGACGGCAGCCUCCAGCUGACCGAGGGCCAGGCGAUCGCGCGGUUCGUGGCCGAGAGCGGGCCCAAGGCGGACCAGCUUGUCGGCGCGGACCCCAAGACGCGCGCGCUCAUCGAGAUGUGGACGUGCUUUGCCGAGCAGGAGCUGGGCGCCAACCUGGUCCCGCCCCUGCUGAUGGUGGUGGCCAAGAUGUUCCCCUACGACGAGGCCCGGUACAACUUCCACGUCGCGGCCGUCGAGAGGGCGCUCAAGAGGAUCGAGCACGAGCUCAAGGACGGGAGGAAGUUCCUCGUCGGCGGCCAGCUCACCCUCGCCGACAUCAUGAUCGCGGGCGUGCUGCAGCUGGGCACCAAGUUCGUCGUGGACAAGGACAUGCGCAAGGAGGUGCCCGCCGUGGAGGCCUACCUGAAGGCCAUCAUGGAGAUCCCCGAGAUGAAGCAGGCGUUUGGGGACCUGCAGGCGUGCGAGACCCGGGUCAAGCCCGAGUAGAGGACGGUUCUUAUCUCUCUCCUCCUCCUCCUUCUUCUUCUUCUCUCUCCUUGCAGCAACGCCUGCUGUUAGUUGGAGGCUAGAGGCGCAGAAAGUAGAGUCAAUGGAAGGACCACAGAUCAUUAAUUAAUAAUGCUGAG